AUGAAUUUCGAUAGUAAUAUUUUCAUAAGAGAGAUAAACGCAUGGAGGACAGGUGCUAAUGGUGAGCCAAUACAGCAAUUCAAAGACAUAAAUUCUGACCUGAGAUUAAAAAUCACCCAUGCAAGAAACAAUAUCACGCAUGAGGCUGAGAGGCUUACGACACUGUCAAAGAAGCAGAAAGAGAACUUGGCUGCGAUGACUAGUAUGAUUAGUAAUAAGCUCAAAACGCUUAAAAGCUGUGUCAAUGAGCGAAUUUUGCAAGAUGUCAAUGAGCUUGUUAGCAAGGUGAAUGAGAAAGUUGCGGCAAUUUUGCAAUUGCUACAGAGGAUCAGCGCGACGCUUUGGAAUUAUGUUAAUGAAUUGGGGAGGUGGAUUAAGGAUGCGGAAGGAAUUGUGACUCAAGCAAUUAAGGACACGAAAGAAAUCGAGCAAAAAGGACCGGGUUGGCAAAACCAGGAUAAGAUCAAUGAGAAAGCAAAGGAGUUCAAGGACAAGGCUACGGAUCUCUACUGGAAAUUUGAGGGUGCGAAGCGGUCAGUUGAGGAGGGCGUAAAAAGCGCGAAAAUUGAGAAUGUUGAGCAGUUGACUACGUGGAAGAAGGCAGGCGACGCGGCCGUUACGAAGGCGAAGAGACAAGGUGCGGCAAUUGGUGAGAUGGUUCAGACUAAAGGUGCAGGUAAGGAGGAUAUUUAUAAGUUAGCUAACGAUAUGAAAACAAAGGCUGAGAAUCUCAGAGCGGCGGCGAAGCAUAUUAAGAAAGAGAUUGGAGGAUGGGUUAAAACAGCGCUUACGCAGGUGAAGGAUAUGGAUGAGGCGCUGAAGAAGGAUUUGUAUAAGGUGAAGGAGGCUGUUAGUAGGCAGGUAGAAGGGAUUAAGACGGCGAUUGGGAAGUUGUAUAAAGUGGUUGAGACUGGAGACACGGAAGGGGCAACGCACAACUCAAUGGUCGAGAUGGUCGACCUUAUAAAAAAUAAGAUAAAGACCAUUGAAGGGGUAGGCGGAAGGUUCGUAACUAAACCAACCGGGCUGUGGGCAAUCAGUCAGCAGGUUCCGACCUACGUUAAGACGUUUGAGAACUUUGAUGCGACGGUCGCUGAUUGGGUGAGGGAGAUUGUGAGAAGGAUGGUAGCAAAUAAUGGUCCCCUGCAUGAGCAUAUUGACAUGUAUGCUUCCGAAAUAGAAACUCUGCAAAAUAACCGUGAACAACUGCUUCCUAAGGUGAAGGAACAAAUCAUUACCAAGGUCAUAGCCAAGGUAAAAGAAAUUGCGUUAGCUCACAAAGCGGAUCUUGCCACCAAUGGAAAUGUGGAAACCGAUUUAAAAUUGAUUAAAAGAUUCCUUGAUCACUUUAAUGGGCAAAGUCUACAGAAUGGUGUUGACCAUAUAGUCAGUGCUAUAGAGAAGGCAGGUGAAUUACAAGUGGAUCCCUCCAAACAAAAUGUUAUACACAACUCAGAUCUGAAGAAUGCCGUAAAUAUAGUUUUGCAUGUUUUUUCGAUGGCUGCUGAAAAAAUGGGUGAGCAAAUUCAGAAGCUUGCUACUGACUGCCAUCUCGGCAAAAUCAACGAGGCAUUGACCACGGCUAGCGAUUUUGAAGAGAAAUUGAAACAAGCUACAGGAAACCAAUCCGUUGGAACAUCCAGCAGUAGGAUUAACUUUGCCCUCGCCGUCGACAACGCGAUCAGGGAGGUGACGGAAGAGCUUGGGAGAAAAUUGAUUACCGCCGCUGGUGAUACAGUCACGCUGGAAACAACGACUGCCUUCUCCAAAUACGAUGGCUUUGUCGACCAAGACAAAGUGUCCUCCCUUUCCAAAUCUGACUUCGAAGCCAUCAAAAGCGCAGGCCACCUCCCCGCGGCGAUCGGUGCGAUUAGGGAUACUGCAAAAACUGAUUUUGAGAAUGCUAAGAAUAUAAUCAACAACGUAACGUCUUUCAAUACCUUGUCUGAAGCAAUCGCCACGAACCUAAGUGAUCUGUUGAGGGCUUUCGAAAAGGUAGGCCAAUCUAUAAAAGUUACCUUAAGCAACCUGAAAAUAAAUACGAUCGGCAUGAAGGAUAAAGGCGCGAAAGCUGCUGAAGGCAGCUUGCAAGAAAUUCAACAACACCUCUCUAAUCUCAAAACGAAUCUCUGA